AUGGUUAGAGACGGUCAACAGAAACGCGUUCUACUGCACGGAGAUGGUGACAUUGCAGAGGCUGUCCAGCUACUUACAACUGAAGUAAACAGACUGACCACUCAGAAUAAUCAACUCGCCACUGAGAUCAACCGACUGACCACUCAGAAUAAUCAGCUCACCACUGAGGUCAACGGACUAGCCACUGUUGUCUUUUCAGGUGCCGUCUACGUUAGAUGGGGGCGAACUACAUGCCCGACAAAUGGAACUGAUCUAGUGUACACAGGUUUCGCUGCUGGGAAUUAUUACAAUCAAGAAGGUGCUGCCGAUUACGUUUGCCUGACGUCCGAACCAAUAUGGGGCGCUUAUGAUGACACUGCACAACCAAUUUCGGCUAAAAUGUAUGGCACUGAAUAUCAGUUCGCUCAUCAAUCAUUCGUUGACGGCGGAGCACAUUUCUUUGGCAAACAUCUUCACGAUCAUGACGCUCCUUGCGCAGUUUGUCAAACUUACCGACGAUCAUCUGUUAUGAUCCCCGGGAGAAACCAGUGCUACCCUGGGUGGACAAAGGAAUACGCUGGCUAUCUAGUCUCUGACUUGUCAGGAUAUAGUGACCACAAGUCAUCGACCAAUUACGCCUGCCUAGAUGCUGACGCAGAAUACGAAAUUGGAGACCAAGUUGACAACAACGGAAAGUUGAUGUAUCUCGUUGAGGCCAUCUGUGGGUCUCUUCCUUGUCCGCCGUAUGUUGAUUAUCGUGAAUUAAAAUGUGUUGUUUGCAGCAAAUAA